AUGCUCUUUCUCGAUGGUGGGUGUCGGACCGUCGCGCUCCACGGACUGGGCGGCAUGGGUAAAACCCAAGUGGCUCUCCAGCUGGCGCACUGGGUCAAGACCAGCAAGCCCGGUGAAGCGAGUUUCGGGCGAGCUUAUGCCGAGAUUGCAAGAGAGCUUUCCAUUCCCAAGGCUAGCGACAAAGAAGACGUCAAGGAGUCGGUCAGGCGACACUUGAGCUCGAAAAGCGCUGGGCAAUGGUUCCUCGUCGUCGACAACGCAGACGACAACACCAUCGUGGUUGGAGACUCCAGCAGCGACAAGUCAACAGGCAUGUGCGACUACCUGCCCGAGAGCGAAGCCGGCGUGACUUUGUUUACGACACGCUCCAUGGAGGUGGCUGUCGGCGUUGCGAGCUCCGACAGCGGGACUAAAGCAGCCGACUUACUGGCCGAGCUCGAAUACCUCCCCCUGGCAAUCUAUCUUAAACUACCCCGGGGCACCGAACAGGAUUUGGUCGGCUUGAUGAGCAGAGAGUUCCCGGACAAUACACGGUACAAGGAGUCGCAUAACGCCGUCGCGACUACAUGGCUGGUGUCUUUUGAACAAAUUCGAAAGUCUAAUACUAUUGCUGCUAACUUGCUAUCUUUCAUCACCCAUAUCGAGCCAAAAGCGAUUCCGAUGUCUCUCUUGCCCCACCCCGAGUCAGACGUGCAAAUGGUCGAUGCUAUCGGCACACUCUGCGGGUACGCUUUCCUCAUCCGACGGGAAGGCGACAGUGACGUGUACGACAUGCACAGCCUCGUGCACCUGGCGACGAGGAUCUGGGUCCAGGAGCGCGGAGCCUGGGAUCAAGAGGCCCGCAAGGCAAUUCGCCAUAUCGAAGAGGUCGUCCCCUGGGUCAACUACGAGAACCGACAGUCAUGGAGAGAGUGCAUACCACAUUCUAUCAAGAUACUGAAGGGUGGCGAAGGGCUGGACAUGCGAAAGAGGGCUGAGCUGCUUCUCUGGGUUGGGCGGUGUCUCGAUUAUGAUGGCCGGACUAAGGAAGCCCUGAGGUGUCUUGAGGAGUGCCAGCAAUGGUGUAGAGCCUACCUUCCGGAAGACGACCCCUUUCUACUGGCAACACAACACGAUCUCGCAUUAACAUACCUAAAAAGCGGCAAGUCGCUCGCCGAGGACCACCCUAGCCGAAUAUUAUCGCAAUAUAAUCUCGCAUUAGCAUACCGAGAAGACGGGCAAGUCAAACAAGCGGUUAAAUUGCUCGAGCACGUCGUAGCCGUACAAAGCAAGUCGCUCACCGAGGACCACCCUAGCCGACUAUUAUCAAGCGCGCUCGCCGAGGACCACCCUGACCGACUAGUAUCGCAAUAUACUCUCGCAUCGGCGUACCGAAAGAACGGGCAAGUCAAACAAGCGGUUAAGUUACUCGAGCACGUCGUGGAUGUAGAUAGCAAGACGCUCGCCUACGACCACCCGGACCGACUAGCAUCACAGCACGAGCUUGCGCUCGUAUAUAGAGACGACGGGCGGCCCGACUAUUCCAUUGACGCCGCUUCCUUCAUCUCCCGCUAUCCCGAUCAAGCGAAAGGCUCAACCGGAGCCCAAUCCUACCAGACGACAGCGUAG